CCACCAUGUUUACUCUCUGCUUUAUGAACUCUAAGCAGGGCUUAUGAUCUUGUUAAUAGUCAUUAACAGGAUUUAAAGGAAAUUCUAACAAGAUGUCCUGAUUUUUUAAGGAAUAUAAAAUGUCUACAGACGUUCAAACUGAUUUAAAAUUUAGCUGUAAAGGUUGUGAUUUAUCGAAAAAUGGCUUAAGACUCAGCAAGUAAACUCUAACUCUGUCUGUCACACUUAGCUUCCUCUCAUCAAUGUUUUUCUCAUAAACAUACAAAAAAAAAAUAUUAAAAGAACAACUUAAAAUCCUUUAAAAAAGAGAAUAAGUAUAACAAGAAAUACUCAUAUUAAUCGUUCCUUCUCUCACUUUCACGAAAGUUUAAAAGAUCAAGUAGAUUCUCUAACUCCAUACUCAACGAACACAAAAUAGUUUUAAAAAAAUGAAUUCCGUUAUUUCUGCAUUUAAGGCCAAAAAGAAUUCCAGCCAACAGGCCAAUAAUAUCACGGGCUCCAACCCCAAUGGCUGCAAUGAUAAUAAACAUAAUAAUUUAAGCAUGAUUGCCAAUACAUUGACCACCUCCUCCUCGAAAAAGAAGGCAAUUAACGCCCAGGAUAAUAGUUAUCAAUAUUUGAGACAUAUACGUGAAAUAGAUACGGCCACCAAAUUGUUGUCGCCCAUAGUGGGUGCAGAUGAUUUGCUAGAAACCGAUAUGCAUAAUUUUCGGCCGGUAACGGCAGCAGUGGCGGGUGUUGAUGUAGUCGAUCAUGUUCCUUUACAAACAGUGCGUUUGACACCCAACUCCUUGGAAACAUCCAGUCUGGCCGAUUGUAAUAUGAAUGGUGGCAAAGGUGUCUUAACAAAUACACAAAUAGAAAAUGGCAAUUGCCAGGAUUCUCUAGAGGAGUGUAUAAGUGAUGGUUAUGCGAGCAUAACCAAUGGUCAACACAGUUUAACCAGCAGUCCCACUUCCCAUUUAAAUGAGCUAGACGAUGAUGAAUCAGAACAUUCUAUAACCGCUUGCACCAGCACCACCAGCAGUAGUUCCAGCGAUCAAAGCAAUAGCACCGUGGUGCAUAGUCCCAUAGCACCCACAGCGGUAGCUGCGGCAGCCAAUAACAAAACACAGCAAGCAUUAAACUCAUCAUCAUCAACAACAACAGCAGCCACUUCAGCCAAUUUACCCAGCCCCGCCAAAAGUCUGAAUUUGAGUCUGAAUAGUAAUACCUCCUCUCCUUCACUAAUGUCUUCAUCCUCCUCAAUCUCUGUUUCUUCCAAUUCGAAUACCUCUCUGGCACUCUGUAAUUCCGGUCCAAGUUCUUGUUCAUCCGCCACCGGAUGUGAUAUAAGCAGCAGCAACGAUUAUUCCCAACCUUCAUCACCCACCAUGGUAACUCGGCGCAGUUCACAAUCUUCGACCAGCUCGGAAUAUGUACCAGCAUUUUUGAAAUCCUCACACGUAACAUUGCCCAUUAUAAUGCCAAAUAGUAGCAGUAGUUUGGCUUCUUUACCACCCAACUCUAAUCAAAGUAUCGGUGGUACUCCGGUCAAUUCAGCGGCCACUACACCCAAACACACACGUUACUCUAAACCGAGACUGAGUUUAAGUCGUUUUAUUAAUCAUUCUAUGCCCUCGGUUCAUGGUCGUCCAAAUUUAAGUUUAGCUGCGGGUACACCGGGUAGUGGGGUUAAUGGUGGUACAUCGGGUGGUAACGGCAGCAAUCCUCCAAAACGUGCUUCAACACAUCAGAGAAAUUUAAGUUUAGAUUUCAGAUCUAUGGGCAUUUUAUUGCCACCCGUUUCCCAAGUGACUAAUACCCGCAUUAAUUUAACCCAACAUCAUCGUAAUCGUAGCCUGGAUAGUGCUUUACAAAGGAUACCAGAGGUUGAAGUCUCUUCGCCCAAUGCCGAGAGUGAGAAUACAUUUUGUACACCAUCUAUUCUGGGGUCAACAAUGUGUUCGAAAAUUGUAACGACCGCAGCAAAUGUAACAGCGGCGCUUACCACCACCCAAACACCCGCACUGACGUCAUCGACAACAACAAAUGCCUCAACGGCAGCAGCCGUUAAUGCAGCAGCUUCAUCAUCACCAUCAUCCUGUUCUGCGUAUGAAAAAGCUGCAAUUGAAACUGUUUCAACAACAGAACCCACAAGCAUAUUGACAGCAUUACAAUCAACAACAGCUGGAUCGGGUGCAGGAGGAGGCGGAGGAGUGGGAGCAUUACACAAUGAUAUUAAUAACACAGUCAUAGUAGAGCCAUAUUGUCCUAGCACACGUUUACGACCUAAAUCAUCAGAUUCUGCCACAUCAUCAUCUUCAUCUACGGUACAACGAGCUGCUUCAUCAGCAUCUACUGCUUCCUCUAAUGCUUCAUCAACAAAUUCAUCAUUUGCUAGUGGUUCAAAUAAUGCUCUAGCCGUUAUAACCGGUUCAAGUCAUGUCAAUCAAAAUGGUAAAAAGCGAGAGGAUCUAACCAGUCUUGGCUCAGAUGAUUCUGGAAUAAUUUGUGGUUCUGAUUCCGAUCAAAUCUCUUUAAAUCGCAUACGACAUUCUCACGAAUCCCUAGAUUCCGGUGAAAUGGAUAAUGAGGAAGAAUGCAUGGAUAUGCUGGAAACCACAUCAAUGGAUGAGGAAUACAAUAUGUUACAAUCGGAUCUGCGUUUCUAUCAAUCACCCGACACAGACUGUCGCACUCUCAGACCCUCUAAAAAGAAACACAGCAAUAUUAUACAACAACAUCCUGAUAAUAAUGUGGAUAAAACCCUAAAUGCUGAUGAUAUGGGUGGUGAAGUUGAUGAUGACUUGGAAGCAGCUGGUGAGGGAGAUACCUUAAGUGAACGUCAACGUUAUAGAGAAAUGAACAUGUCUCAAGCCGCUAUAAAUAUGGAAAAAUGUAAAAUUUCCUCGGACACUGACAACACAAUACAAAAUGAUAAUACUUCGGCAGAUGUAGUAGACUGUCCAACGCCCACUUUAAAUACUAGCACACCAGCUGUCGCUACAACAUCUGUUGGGGGUAGUAGUGGUAAUAAAACCCCCUCCACACCUAGUGAAUCAUCGAAAAACGAUGUUCUGUUCAAGAAUUUCUUUGGUGCCACUAAAAAUGCUAUAUUCCGCACAGCUCAGAGUAUAAUCGAAAAUCACGAAAAGAAAAAUGCCUCAAAACAAAAUCAGAAAUCUAAUGAGGAAAAUACUAACACAGCUGGUGGUGCUGCAACUCCCACAGAGCAAAUAAAAUCUCCUACGGACAUUUCGAAAAAGAAAGAAUUCUUUAGUUUAUUAACAACAAAUGCUAGUAAGAAAGCAGCAGCUGCUGCUGCAGCCGCCGCUUUAGCCAAUACACCGGCCACAACUCCCUCAACACCCGGACAGGAACAACCCGGAAUUAAUGAAAAAUCUAACGAUAAAGAUAAUACAUCGGCAACGACGGAGUGUAUGGAGAAAACGUUAAGCUUACAAGUACCUAAUGCCACUUCCUCCUUCAACUCAAUUAUUAAUAAUAAUUCUUUAACUAUAACGAAAUCAUCUUCCAUAUCAUCUUUGAACAAGCUCAAAGUACCCGGUGUAGUGAAAUGUUUUAUCAAAGAGCGUCCUACAACUUCGCAGGAUUUAGCGAAUCAACAAAAGACUGAAAAAGGUCCCAGUGGCCUAUUGAGAUUUUUUGAAUCCCCAGUUUUUAACAUACAUUUCGCCAUACAUUAUCUCUUCUAUUCCAAAGAACCGGGAGUUCUUAGUUUUAUAGGCAACAAAAUCUUCAGUUUCCCCGACCAGGAGGUAGAUUUGUAUAUACCACAACUGAUUGUCAUGUAUAUACAAAUGGAUGAGUUGGCGGAAGUAUUAGAUCCCUAUUUGACCAUUAGAUGUCGUAAAUCGGUAGACUUUUCUCUAAAGUGCCUAUGGCUAUUGGAGGCCUAUAAUUAUCAACAUGUAGAUACUAUGGGUAGUCGUAAGUCGCAAUUGGCAUUAAUGAAAGAGAUCUUCUCAAAGAAAGAACGCAAGCAGUUGAGUAAAGGUGAUGCAAAGGAGACACCAGUGUCGCAGUUGGCACAGCCCGCUGCAGCAGCUGUACCAGGCGUUGUUUCUCCUUUGACCAAAAAAACCCAUCACAGAUCACAAUCAGAUGCCACAGUACUGUUGGCCGACUCCAGACGUGCUAAUUCUAAUUUAAGUAUAUCAAAUCGACUGUAUCAACAACCCCCCUACACAACACAAACCUUGCCUACCACACCCGCCAAAUUAUGUCUCGGAGAUUUAACUUCCGGCCGCGCCUUUGACAAUGGCUGCACUUGUUUCGAAACGGUGCGCGGUCAGGUCAACGAUUUGCUUGGCCACAAGACGGUGUGUUCAUGCAGUGCCCCCAAAACUGCUCCCCAAAAGGAGUUCAUGAAAGCUCUCAUCAAUGUUGGGAAAAAUCUAACCAAUCUUCCCUCGAAGGCGGAAAAGACUUCGGCCUUGAGAAUGUUUUUGAAUUUGAUUAAUAAAAAUCUUCCGGCCCGCGUUUGGUUACCCUUGUAUUCAGACAUUCCACAUCAUGUUGUGCGCAUCACAGAGGAAAAGACUGCUGUUUUAAAUUCGAAAGAUAAGACACCCUACAUCAUCUAUGUGGAAGUGGUAGAAGUGCCCGAUAUCUACUCUUCAUCUCUCAUACCCAAAAUGAUGCCAUCACUGCGUCAUACAAAAUCCGAGGAACAUUUAGAGGGUGGUCUUACCACCGCCACCAACACCACUUGCCAACAUUCUCAACAUCAACAUCAUGCCAUUUGUAGUCGUACUUCCAGUUGUAGUAGUCAUAGUGGUUCAUCAACGUGUAGACGUAAAAAGGAAAAGCUGUUGUCGGAAUCAUCGACAGGCAUAAGUGGCGAACAACAGCAACAGUGUUCUUCUACGGAACAUAAUACAACAACUGCUACUAAUACAGCAGCAGCCAGCAGUAGCAGUGUUGGUGGUUGUUUAGCGCCACCUCAGCUGAACGAAGAUGAUGUUUGGUCUCAAGAGGACGAUGAGAUAACGGCUCAAUAUCUACACAUGCGUAAAAUGCGUUCACAAUCCGAACGUGAUGCCAUUUCACAGAUGUCCCUGGACUCUUGUGAUUCAAGGGAUCAAGCCAUGCCCGUUUUAUUCAAUAUUGGAGAUGUACGUACCCGCCAUUGUAAUAAUUUAAAUUGUGAAAAUACAAAAUCAUUUAGCAAUGAUCCUGAAGAUCCCUCAGCAGCAGCUCUUAAGGAACCUUGGCAUGAAAAAGAAAAACAAAUACGUGAAUCUUCACCCUAUGGACACCUCUCCAAUUGGCGUCUUCUAUCAGCCAUUGUUAAGUGUGGAGAUGAUUUGCGGCAAGAGCUAAUGGCCACCCAAUUGUUACAUAUGUUCAAAAUCAUUUGGCAAGAAGAACAUGUUGAUCUCUGGGUGCGUCCUUAUAAAAUAGUCUGUCUCUCCAAUGAUAGUGGUUUGAUUGAGCCUAUUUUGAAUACGGUGUCAUUGCAUCAAAUCAAAAAGAAUUCCAAUAAAUCUUUACGCGAUUAUUUCAUCGAUGAAUAUGGUCCAACUGAAAGUGAUGCUUUUCGUUUGGCUCAAAAGAAUUUCGUACAAAGUUGUGCAGCAUAUUGUUUAAUAUCGUAUCUGUUGCAAGUUAAAGAUCGGCAUAAUGGCAAUAUACUGUUACACUCUGAUGGCCAUAUUAUACACAUUGAUUUUGGUUUUAUUUUAAGCAUAUCACCUAAAAAUUUAGGUUUCGAACAAUCUCCUUUCAAAUUGACUCCUGAAUUUGUGGAUGUCAUGGGUGGCACAAACUCUGAACAUUGGCGUGAAUUUAAUCGUUUAUUGUUGGUGGGCAUGAUGACCGCUCGCAAACAUAUGGAUCGUAUAAUCAAUUUUGUUGAAAUUAUGCGCAGCAACGCCCAAUUACCAUGCUUCAAAAAUGGUUGCUCCGGAACCGUACAGAAUCUCCGCAAACGUUUCCACAUGAACUUAACCGAACAGGAAAUGGAACGUAAAGUUGAACAAUUGGUACAAGAUUCCCUAAAGAGUCUUUCGACCAAAUUAUACGAUGGCUAUCAGUACUAUACGAAUGGCAUAUUGUGAGAAAGGUUUUUUAUGAAAAUUUAAACACCAAAACAGAAAGCAAAUCCAGCAAAUGGUGUAAAAGAACUUGAGUGUUUAAUAUUAACAUAAAAGAGAAGAAAAUAAUUCAU